UGAACAUCUACUUCAAAACACAUCUAGUUUUUGCCUUCUUGGGGAGAAAAGAAACAGCAACACAAAUGGCAGACCCGCCUCAAGAUUUCAUCACGAAUUCGUAAAGACUAAAGACAGAAGGAUAGAAAUGAGGGACAGCUACUCCAGGACUACACUAAACAGCAGCUAGCAUCUAGCUGCUAUUGUAUAAACUUCCUUGCAUUGUAAACAACAGACCAAAAUUCAUACGCUAUCUAUCCUGAUGCGGAUCAUCUUUUCUUGAAACCAUAUUUCUUACGUUCAUAGAACAAAUCGGUUUUCGCACUGCCCAGAUUCACGAUCUUGGGACAGCCAUCGCGGUCUUUCUCCUGCUGCGUGCACUCUUUGCAGUAGUAGGCAUCAGAUAUGCCCACUCCUCCACAGAUAACACAACGGCCCUGGAACGACCCAUAGUUGCACUCGUCGCAAACUCGCACCAGCGUGCAAGGGCGGACAUAGGAGUCGCAGAUCACACAUUUCCCAUCGCAUUUCUCACAGAGCCGUCCAAUGGCAAUGCCGGGUUGCUUCCUGCACAUGAUCAAAUCUGGAUGAUGCUUGGCCAUGGCUCUAACUGCUUCUACUCAGGUUUACUUGUGCUACUACACCCAGUUAAUCUGUCCAACUCCCUAAGCGCUUGCAAUCCAGGAGACAAUUCGGGGAUUCCGCCGCUCAGCCGCGUCUCGCCAAACGGGGCCCUCCGGCUAGUCGCCAACCUGGCGGCUCCUAAUCCCGCCUUCCCGAUGCUCUUCGUCAGCUGGAGAGGAUGCUGUAGAGCGUAGCCUUUUGCAGGGUUGCCGGAAUUGCGGAGGAAGCAGAGAGACAGAGCGUCCGUCUGACGAUUUGGCUUCAGCACAGUCUCGCAAAACCCUAGGAACUCCCCGUUGCUUGCUGAGUCGCUGCCUGGUGCCGCCGGAUCUCUGUGUUUUCUAUUGCGCAACCAUGGUGAGAGUUAGCGUGUUGAAUGAUGCUCUGAAGAGCAUGUACAAUGCGGAGAAGCGGGGCAAGCGUCAGGUCAUGAUCAGGCCAUCCUCGAAAGUGAUCAUCAAGUUUCUUAUUGUCAUGCAAAAGCAUGGAUAUAUUGGCGAAUUUGAAUACGUUGAUGAUCACAGGGCGGGUAAAAUUGUUGUCGAGUUGAACGGAAGGCUGAACAAAUGUGGUGUCAUCAGUCCAAGAUUUGAUGUUGGAGUAAAGGAGAUUGAAGGCUGGACUGCUAGGUUGCUUCCUUCUAGACAGUUUGGAUUCAUUGUGCUGACAACUUCUGCUGGCAUUAUGGACCAUGAAGAGGCAAGAAGGAAGAACGUUGGUGGCAAAGUUCUUGGUUUCUUCUACUAAGCUUGGCUUGCGUGCUUCAGAUUUAUACAUGUGAUGAGUUGAGUUGACUUGUUCUGGUUUCGAGGAGUUUUGGCCUGUAAUUUUUGAAGCUGAAUAUGAUUGUAGGAUCCUUAUCAUUCUGUUUUAGGAUUUUUUCCAAGUUCUUGGUUUGUGGUUGGAGUGGGAGGGAACCAUCUCCAUGCUCCUCCAUUAAGUUGGAAGGAUAAAGAAUGUUUGUGCUUCACACUUGAUGUUUAUGCUCUGUUACUACUCAAUGUAUAUGAGUUGAAGUUUCAGUUUUGUGCUGGAUUUGUAUUUUAUGCUAUCAGUAUGACAACCCCUUACCUCCUGA